AUGGACCCCCUCCAGCAGAGCCCUCCAUCCAUCGGGGCAUUCGUCGACCAACUCAUUUCUGAGUUGGCCAAAUAUAGAGCCCCAGCAGUCAGUGCCCAGGUCAAUGCAGAAGACCAGCCGCGGGCGCAGGCCGCGCAGCAGAAACAGCCUCGAAAUGUCCUCGAAAGGCUGCCGCCACCACAGCUAGCUCAAAUAAAACCAUUAAUCCUCACCUUACACUGCCUGUUCCCAAAUGACCUGCUCCCGGCCCUAGACAUCCUGGACAGGAAACUUGUGCAGCAUUUGGUGCGCGCCGACAGGCUCCAUGCCGUCGCAUCCCACAACGACCAUGCUGAACCAUCCAGUGAUCAGCCCGAAAAGCAAAACACCGACCACAAAAAUGUCGUCGAGGAUUUGUUCCUCGUGACCUCUGCCUCGGCCGCCCCUCCCUAUCCAACGCGCGAGCAGGAAAAGGGCUACGAAGUGCGUCUGCGAGCAUGGAACUGCACCUGUCCCUCCUUCUCACUAUUGGCAUAUCGGGAUUCAGGUCCGAUUCCCGACUCCCUUGCAAGAUCUCAGCCACACGCGGCGGAGAUGCAAGACCAAAACGGGUCCAUUGUCUAUCCAUUUGGCGGGUCCCUGACGCGUGCCCCGGCCCGCGUAUCGCCCCCAGUGUGCAAGCAUAUCCUGGCCUGUGUCUUGUGUGCACGGUGUCCGGGGCUGUUCGGGGUUGACCACGAUGGGAGACGUCUGGUUUCUAUGGAGGAAUUGGCUGGCUGGUGUGCCGGCUGGGGUGGUUGA